UCUCACACUUAUCAUUUUCUUUUCUAUUCAAAGAGAUUGAAUUUUUUUCCUUCCAUUUUGAUUAAUUGUUAUUCUUUAAUUAUUGUGAUUAAAAAGGUGACAGUCGAUUUUGAUAAUUUAUCAAUUUGGUUGAUAAUUUGAUUAAUCUUUUUAAUUUCAAUUUAAUCAUGAGUGGAACAUUUCUGAUGAAAAUCUAUACGAUGAAUUUGGUAACUAUAUUGGGCCUGAUAUUGAAUCUUCAGAGGAAGAUUCAGAACAAGAGGCGGAAGAUGUUGAUGAUGAUGAAAUGAUGAGUCGUGAUGAUGGUGGAACCAGAGGUGCGAUUGGUGGUGGUGGUAGCGAUGGUUCAGAUGACGAUGACAAUGAAAUGGCCACUGGAAAUGAGAUUGUACUUCACGAGGAUAAAAAAUAUUAUCCCUCCGCUGAGCAAAUUUACGGGCCUGAUGUUGAAACAUUAGUCCAAGAGGAAGACGCCCAAGCAUUAACGGUACCGAUCAUCGCACCGGUUAAAACAAGUACAUUUUCCCACCAGAUUCAAGAAGUACCACAGACAACAUAUGAUCUUCAAUUCAUGACCGAUACACUCAUGGUUACACCUACUUUGAUUCGUAAUGUGGCCUUGAUUGGGCAUCUUCACCAUGGUAAAAGUACGUUUGUCGAUUGUCUUGUUGAACAGUCUCACGUUGAUUUAGGUCAAAAAGAUGGUAAAAGUUAUCGAUACACCGAUACACUUUACACCGAACAAGAGAGAGGAGUUAGCAUUAAAUCAUCUCCGAUUACAAUUGUGAUGCAAAAUUUGAAAGAAAAAUCGUAUCUUGUAAAUCUUUUCGAUACCCCGGGUCAUGUUAAUUUCUCCGAUGAAGUGACCGCCGCUAUCCGUUUAUCCGAUGGAGUUGUUUUAUUUGUCGAUGCUGCUGAAGGUGUUAUGCUAAACACGGAGCGAUUACUCAAACACGCCAUUCAAGAAGGCUCAGCGAUCACCUUGUGUAUCAACAAAAUUGAUCGUCUAAUCAUAGAGUUAAAAUUACCUCCAAUUGAAGCUUAUUACAAAUUGCGGCAUAUUAUCGAUGAGAUUAAUGGACUGAUACAAACAUACACCGAUGACGAUAAUCGUAUUGUAUUGUCACCAUUACUUGGAAAUGUUUGUUUCGCUUCCUCAGAGUUUCAUGUUUGUUUCACGAUUAAAUCAUUUGCUUAUCAUUAUGCCGAAUCUUAUAAAUUUGGUUUUGCUGAUAAAUUUGCCGAGCGUCUUUGGGGCGAUGUUUACUUUGAUCCGAUAAGUCGAGCGUUCUUCAAAAAACAGCCUAAUAGUUCAGUUCAACGAAGUUUCAUCCAAUUUAUCUUGGAACCAAUUUAUAAACUAUUCGCUCAAGUGGUUGGAGAUGUCGAUACAGUUUUACCAGAGCUAAUCGGUGAAUUGGGAAUCCGUUUAACCAAAACUGAGGCCAAACUUAAUAUUCGACCGCUACUUCGACUUGUGUGUCAACGAUAUUUUGGUAAUUUCAAUGGGUUCGUCGAUAUGCUUGUUAAACAUAUUCCAUCUCCCGAUACAAAUGCCAAAAAACGAAUCGAAAUGACCUGGAAAGGACCAAUCGACUCACCACUCGCCCAGGAGAUGAUUAAAUGUGACCCUGAGGGCACUUUGGUUGUUCACACGACAAAACAAUACUCAACCCAAGAUGCAUCGACUUUUCAUGUUUUCGGACUUGUCGUUAAUGGUACAAUAAGGUCCAAGCAAACGGUGAAAAUAUUGGGUGAGGGUUAUUCGAGUUUCGAUGAAGAGGAUUCAAGAGUUAUGACCAUUGGCCGUUUGUGGAUUCACGAGUCAAGGUACAAUAUUGAAGUGAAUCAGGUUCCCGCUGGUAAUUGGGUGCUUAUUGAGAGUAUUGAUCAGGCCAUCGUUAAAACAGCAACUAUCGUUGAUCCUCGUUAUAAAGGUGAACUGUUUAUCUUUAAACCUCUUAAGUUUAACACUCAAUCGGUUAUUAAAAUUGCCGUUGAACCUGUUAAUCCAUCUGAGUUACCGAAAAUGUUGGAAGGGCUGAGAAAGUGUAACAAAUCGUACCCGUUAUUACAAACUAAGGUUGAGGAAAGUGGGGAACACGUUAUUCUAGGCACUGGGGAAUUGUACCUGGACUGUGUUAUGCAUGAUCUUAGACGAAUGUAUUCCGAGAUAGAUAUUAAAGUGGCCGAUCCUGUGGUUUCUUUUUGCGAAACUGUGGUGGAAACUUCAUCUUUAAAGUGUUUCGCUGAGACGCCGAAUAAGAAAAAUAAGUUGACAAUGAUUGCUGAACCAUUGGAGAAAGGGUUAGCUGAAGACAUCGAGAAUCAAACUGUUCAAAUAACAUGGCCUCGUCGAAAGUUGGGUGAAUUUUUCCAGAAAAAGUACGAUUGGGAUCUUCUCGCUGCACGAUCAAUUUGGGCUUUUGGACCAGAUCAAAGUGGACCAAAUAUUUUGGUCGAUGAUACUCUUCCCUCUGAGGUGGACAAAAAUCUUCUCGGAAUGGUCAAAGACAGUAUUAUCCAGGGUUUCCAAUGGGCGACCCGUGAAGGUCCACUUUGUGAAGAGCCGAUUCGUAAUGUAAAAUUUAAAAUUCUGGACGCAGUUGUAGCCAAUGAACCAAUUCAUCGAGGUGGAGGUCAAAUUAUUCCAACUUCUCGUCGAGUUGGUUAUUCAGCUUUUCUCAUGGCAACUCCUCGUCUCAUGGAACCAUAUUAUUUUGUCGAGGUUCUUGCACCCGCUGAUUGUGUCCCAGCGGUUUACAAUGUUCUUGCCAAACGCCGAGGUCACAUUACCCAAGAUAUACCAGUUCCAGGGUCACCUUUGUACACCGUUAAAGCUUUCAUUCCCGCCAUAGAUUCAUUUGGUUUUGAAACUGACCUUCGAACCCACACUCAAGGUCAAGCCUUUUGUCUCUCCGUUUUCCAUCAUUGGCAAAUUGUCCCCGGUGAUCCGUUAGAUCGGUCAAUUAUCAUUCGACCUUUAGAUCCUCAGCCUCCUCCCCAUUUGGCGCGUGAAUUCAUGAUUAAAACUCGUCGUCGAAAAGGCUUAAGUGAAGAUGUAACAAUUAACAAAUUUUUCGAUGAUCCAAUGCUCCUCGAACUUGCUAAAUCAGAUGCCUUGAAUUUAUGAUUAACUAAAUAAGAGGAAUCAUAAUUGUACAAUUUUCUUGCACAUUCAUCAUUUCUUAUCAUGAUCAUCAAUUGAUCGUUAAUCACAUUAAUCAACAUCCAUCAUAAACUGAUCGUCAUCUAAAUUAGUUAUCAACAAUUUAAAUAAAAGCUUAAAUGGAAACCAUAUUAUUAUGAUUUUCGUAAUUCUAAUUUGUUAAUUA